AUGACGAGUGGAGCUCGCUGGGUUGUUGGGUAUUACGUAAUCGAGUGCAACCCUUUCAUUUCCACUUCAGAAAUUUCCCAAGCUGAACCACACCGAUACUACCAACCAACCACCACGCAUCUCAACAAACAGUGCAAACAUAUUCUGGAAAAACCCGUCCAACUGGCCUUUAAAGGAUGUAUAUUCAAGCGUAACAUUCCAUCAACGAGGGGGAAACCGUAUAAACAACCUGAGGAAUUUAUAACUAGUCGACCCAGAACGAACAACAUGGAUACAAAUUUGUCUGAACAUGCCGAUCCAGUAACGAUGAAUGAGGAUAAAAAUAAUCAUCAAGUCGAUUCCAAUCAGCUUACCACUUAUAAUCCUCAAGUAGUCCUCAUCUCAGGCGCGAUCGGCUUACUCUUAUUAUUCAUCAGAAUCGGUCCGUUCUCAUUUAUCCUCGUCAUCAUCGUAUCCUUUACCCUCUCUGCAUUACCCGAUUUCAGAAGCAUAGUCGACAGCACUCUGGGUACCACCUUAUCUACCGAACGUCGUCUUGCAGAGACCUUUCCAGCCCUGGGCGCCCAAUCUCAAUCACGCCAUCUCCUGACCAAUCUGGAUUCAAGUUCAAAUUACCAUCAUCAGUUGAACCAGAACCUCGUCAAACUCGAUCAGCUACCAGAACAGCUGCAAUCAGCUUUUGGCUCCCUGUUCGACUUGAUCAUUCGUGACUACAUUGAAAGUUGGUAUCUCCUACCCAGCGUCUCGACCGGCGACAGGGCUUUUUUGAAUCAACUCCGGAAUGCUCUUAAUCAUAUCCUCCUCAAAGCUCAUGCCAAGUUGACGACCAAAUCCAGCAAAGAAACGAUGAUCUACCUGAUUGGUUGUUUGUCGAUGAACCUCGUCCGCGAAUUGAAUGAUCGCGCCGACUCCAAAUCCCAAACUUCUUCCCAGGAUCGAAUCGCUCAACGGCUGACUCAGACUCGUAGGAUCUCUGAAGAAAUUCUCUUGACCCUGGGUUCUUCCUCUAUCACUUCAUCUCCCCUAACGCUCAACCUGGUCUCUGAAGUCCUGACGGUUCAAUUGAUAUCAAUCACCAGCUCUUACAAUCAAGACUGGUUUAAUCAAACCUUGAUUGAUUCUCUAGGAACUGGUACACCUACUCAAGCCUCCCUAGCAUCAACAACUCCAGCAAAAGCUACGAAUGGCACAGUGGCAGCUGCGGUUGUCGAUCAAAUCAAAGAAAACACUAAACAGAAUGAUCCUCACCGCUCGAUAUUCCAAAGUCUUAGCCCUGCUCGAUCUCAUUCUGCCAAUGAAGCACCCUCGACCAUGGCUGUUACUCCAGAUGAUAUCCAAUCUGUUACUGGAAAUGAUGUAUUGAUCGCUUAUCUCAAAUCUCCUGCAAACUUCAAUCUUUCCAUCAGCACCAAGCCCAACAGCAGUAUUCGCCUGCAAGAUUUUUUUGAGCAUACUCCGAACUGGGCUCCCCUGAAAGUCAUCACCGAUUUUGAAAGAUCCUCUCUACUGUCUCCCUCAUCCAAUGACUCCGUGCAAGUGGAAUGUUUCGUCAAGCUUUUCAAUCAUUUCGACUCAUUUCACAAGACCUGUCAGAGCGCUAAUCUCAAGUCAGACGUAGUCAAGAUUGACGCGAUCUCCGUCCUAAGUGCAUUGGCCCCGCUUAUGGAUUACGCAGUAGAUCAGCAUAUUUCAAGCCAACCCGAUCAAAAUUCGAAAGUGCAUAUCUCCAGUACUUGGAAGUCGGCGAUCAUUGAAACCUUGAGACGUCUGGAGCUUGUGUCAUCUUCUGGCUCACCCGUCUUUGGUAACCUCCAGGAUUGGAUCCUCGAUCGCUUGCGCUCCAUCAAAUCCAACCAGUCAAAUCAAGCAUCUGUAACCUCUAAGCCCGCGACCAGUGCAGAUAUCGAUUAUCAGCCGUGGUCGACUUCUCCAACCGAAACAACUCGGGGGGAUAAGAUACACUACAUGACCCUGCCCAAUAUUCCAUCGACUGGCUCAGGCGGCUAUACUGUCGACAGCCCACCGAUGCAGUCCCAAGACCUGGCCAGCUCAAGAGAUGAGCAUACAUGGGACAAGGCUAAAAAUAGUACAACUGAGGCAAUCCUUGACAGACAUCGCGCCCCUUCGGUCAGCCGUGCUGUCACCUCACCCCCAGCUGGGUUCAGAGUUUCUCCACAGAGAAACAGCGGACACGAAGGUUUUGGAUCUCCCACUACUACGUUACACUCAGCAACGUUUAGUCAAUCGUCCCCUUUUUCGGCUCGCGUCCCAGAAGAAGGUGACAUGACCGAAGGUUACUCGCUCGACGAAGCAAGCGAAAAUGAAGGCUCGGAUCCCGACCAGUCCAGCCACUCAAUUAAUCCGUAUCACUCGACUGCUUCCGCUUCUACCACCCGGUUUGAUGACACAAAUACAUUAACUUCUCCUAUUUCGCGAUCUAACUCGAUGAACACACCGCCUGUUUCUCACAGUUCUCAUCCUGCCUCCUUCUCCGUUUCAGUCACGGAUAUGUCACCUCCUUCCGCCACUGAUCCCAAGACUGGGCUUAUCAAGCAGAAAAAAGACAUCUCUCUGUUGAUUGCUGUCGAGGCCCCUUCUGUCCCCGGAUUCAUUGUCACCCGUGGAUGGCCCGAGCUUGAACGAAUGGAUCUGGCUAUCAACAAAAAGAAACUGGUAGGAGUGGGUACGAAAGCUUUUCCCAGGGCGUUAUUACCGACCAACUUGAAUUUUAAAACUAUCGAUCAUGUCCGGCGAGAAUUGGAAGCCUAUCUUAAAUGCCUGCUAAGUGAUGAGAGAUAUUCGAAAUCAGAACCGGUUUUGAAGUUCUUUGCGAAAGAAAGAUCUGGGAUGAGUGGUCGCGGUGGGGCGAUCAAUAACAUAUUCAACACGACCUCUUCGACUUUAGACUCGUUCGGUAAGGGCGUCGCUAGUGUCGGAAAAGAAGUUGUCAGUAAGCCGGUGGAUUUUGCUACACUGGGGCUCAACAGACUCUCCAAGGGUGUCUUUUCUGGUUUACCGUUCGGAAAUUCACCGGUAACAAAUGAAGAAUCUACAUCUUCGGAAAUAGGAAACCAUAGAGCCUCAUUGCAGUUCCCUCAUUCGACAAACUCCAACUUGGGCAGCUCCGAUCCCACUGAUCAAUCAACCAAGGUGACUGAAGGUUUUGUGAACAACAAAAGUACAGUAGACGCUCAUCAAACUGGUGGAAACGGAGAAUUGGUCGAUGAUAGUCAGACGGGACCAAAGGAGGACAAAACUGAAGAACAGUCCGCUGUUCCCAAGCGAAAUAGGGAAUCAAUACCCAGCUCUCGACCGACAUCUGAUGGUAGCCUUCUAUCUGCCGCGCCCCAAACCCGGGAUGAGAACAAUGUGUCCUUCAAUGCUUCAUCGCAAGAUGUCGAGUCGACCACCAAUCCACAACAGUCCGCAAGUGUCGACGGGACAACAACAAAGAAUCAAGAACCAUUGGUUGGAAGCAACUUGCCUGAGACCAGUAAGCCUACAACGACACCGGGCAACAACAGCAAAUCAACAGCACCACUCAAUGGGACGGGCAACACAUUGCCCGGAUCAUCAGCCACAGCGACAACGACGCUGAGCGGCAAAGAGUUUGAUACGGUGAUCAUUGGGUUGAUUUCGAUUCUUGAGGCGGCCUACGGGCUUGAUCAGCGGCAAGGCGGUUCGGGAAACAAUACGCCAUGGUCGAUGAAGCGAGGGGUUUUGAGAGUCUUGGAGACCAUCUUGAGGACGACAAGCUUCAGUCAUUUUAUCCGACUCACACUUUCCCAGAUCAUCGACAAGUUUGAGAAGGUUGAGACCUACGUCGAUCUCAUCAACUCCGCCCUUCUCAGUCUGUCUUCUUCCACCAAGGAGGAAGCUGGUACGGCUCCUGAUGAGGAGCACCAGAGCUUCAAGAACAAGCGCAAGCUUCGGCCGCAAAAGUCGCGCGGCAGUCUUGUCUCUUCUGAAGACGAUAGUCUCGAUGACCUUAGUCUCGAUCUCUGCUCUUCCCCCUCCGCGUCCUCCUCUUCCGCCGCCACUCAGCCUCAGCAGCAGUAUCAGUACCAAUCCUUGGGCGAUGAUGAGGAAGACAAGAAAGCUAAGAAACUGCGGCAGAAUAAGUGCGAUCGGGCCGCUGAGAUCAAGGCUCAGCGUAAAGAGGCCGCUCGCAAAUUGUUUGUGGAGUCCUGGUCGAACCUCAAAAUCGGGCUAGGAUCGAAUGCCACCGAUUUAGCGGCAACUAAAGUGUUCGACUUGUUCCAAGAAUUCGAGGAUUUCAAUAGCCAAGCGGAUGAUGAAGAUGAGGAUUCAAGCAGCGGACAGAGCAAAGCCGAUCAUCAAAGUGCUCGCAAAGCGCUCCAGGGUCCUAGCGGAAUCGAGUUCAUCGUUCAUAGUCUUCUCUUGGACCUCAUUCGGAUCAUCUUGUUGUUGUAGUUUGUCCGCUCCUCUCCUUGUUAUGUUCACUAAAUCAUAUCUAAAAAUCGCCUCUUUUCUUUUCCUAUUAGUAUUCUCUUCUCGUUUUUCUCCCUUGUUUUUCUUUCUUUCUUCCUUUUUUUCCCCUUAUAACCUUUAAUUCUCUGGUUUGUUUACAUACUCAUUGUUUUUCUCAAACCAACCAAACAAAAAAAUACUUAUUUAAGUUCGCUUAGUUCUCAUUUCAUGUAUCGCUCAUUUCAUGCAGAAAUGAGAUCAUUGCUUUUUCUGCAUACAUACAUGUGCAGUAGCCCUGC